GUCCACACAUGGCCGCGUACACUCGAAUCCAGUUAGUCGUGGGAACAAGCUUCGCUCUCGUACGAGUGCAGCCUAAUGCCCCUUCGGGUAAUGAUGGACCGUGCCCUCGCCCGAGGAUCCGUGGCCGUUCAAGCUGAAACGAGUCUUUCGCCACGACACUCAACCGUUUGCAAUAAACUCCUCGAGCCUCUAGGGCCUCGCGCUGCCCUCCACACCCAUUACCUCCACCGUCCAUUCCCGCCGCCCAGAGGACCCUUAGGUGACCUAUUACGGAACUAUGGCAACACAGUCGUGGACGACUAUUCACUCAGGCUACGAACUUUCCCCCUAUACGUUUAAGAAACGCUCCCGUACCGCUACUGAAUACUACGCCCAACCCUGUGGGGAUGUGUGGUUCAAUACACGGCGUUGGAAAACGGAGCGCGUUAUCAACGAGGCUAAAGCGCUGAAGCUGCUUGCUGAGCGCACAAGAAUUCCGAUUCCCCAGUUUAUCCGGUGUGGCCAGAACGAUGACGGGUCCAUGUUCCUGGAAAUGAGUCGAGUCGACGGCAUCGAUCUGAGCGAAGCCGGCAAGGAAUGCCGAAAACCGGGCGGCGUGAGGCAUAACAGCGGCGGCGGCGAAUGCAACAAAUGCAUGGAUAUUGCGAAGGCUAAUGCCGAGCACUUCAUCCAGACUGUUCUUCUCCCCGAGCUCGCAAAGCUACGUUCCAACAAAACAGGACUGGACGGGUUCGUGCUGCCGCCGGCGUGGAUGCUGGAAUACGAUACACGACCGCACUGGGACACAAAGACAUCUUCGUACAACGAGUUCGUAUUCACUCAUGGCGAUUUGGGUCCCGACAACCUAAGGAUGGACCCGAAUACGUUAAUGGUGAAGUGUGUGAUCGAUUGGGAGCAUGCGGGAUAUUUCCCCCCGGGAUUCCAGAAAUGGGCGGUCGAUGAUGGCACCUAUCAUGCUCUAUAUGAGGAUCAUCAAACAAUUUUUGAGCUUGCCAGAAGUAUCGAGCCCUGA